AUGCCGCCGCAACAUGCGGAACUCCCCGACAAGAACGUUGUCCUCCAUGAGAAUGUGGUUGGAAGGAUUAUAGAGGAUGGUAGGUGCGAUAUAUAUAUUUAUAAUACAGUUUUUGGGCGUAAACUUUUUUAUUUUACUUUGACUUCAUAUCGGAGACAAUAUUUACAAUUAGUUUGACUAGACUGUUUUUAUGCUUUUAGAUGGCGAAAGCGAGACUUUCAGAAGUAAAAAUAAGUUGGGUUGGUAGGAAAAAAAAUGUCUGUAAAUCAAGGCCCGGAUUUUGGCUAAAUUUGACACAGAUUUAGGCGAGUGUUUACAAGUCAUAUGCAAGAUUACUAUAUAUUUACCAUACUUGAUUUAAUUUGGAUCUUACCUUAUGUUAGUUAGAAAAACGUUCUUGGUCUGCUGAUAAAAGAAAUUAUUUUUACAGUUUCUCUCUUGACCGGCAAAGUAAAUUGGGACAAUGUAAUCACUGUGCAUUCCUUUUUCAUUUUCAUCGGUGCAGUUCCCAUUUUUUGUCGCUGCAAUUUCCCGUUAUAUGGCGAUAGAUGAAAACGCACUGUGCGAAAAUUGUACGAACUUCUGAGCGCGCGUAGCCAUGGAACUUUUAGCGUCAUUAGUCUAGACGUCGUCGAAAGAGUUUAUUGCAGUGUUUGUCGCAACCAAGGAUUAUAAUUUUAACUGUCGGGAAUCUGGUCGAUAGUUCCCAGCGCCCUCAAAAGGCUCAGCUUAUUUUGGGAUAUAAACUCACCUUUGUCACCGCGAUAGACAAGACUUAAUCUCAAGCUGGAUAAGCCUUUGCCCUAGAGUUUUGGUUUAAAGGUUCUAGUUUCGUUUCAUCAUUUUCCGAGCAUGUUUAUGUAAUCACUGGAUAUGUAUGAACGCGAUAUAAACGCUGCAAAAGCAUUCUCCUUAUGAUCAGCGUCUUUAUGAAAGCUUUGUUAUAAGUGAGUGUUUUAUGGCUCCAUUGAGUGAGGAAGACGCCAUUUUGAAUCAGCUUUUGGGAAGUAGGUAAAGCAAGUUUAUGGGUAAAAGUUUUCUUUGACCACUUUCUCAGCUUCCAAAUUUUGCUUCAGUAACUGUUACGUGGCCUAGACGGAUGUAGUGUGCAAAAUUCAAAGAAUUUUUUUGAAAACUUUGUUUAUUUAAAGGCCUGCACGAUAACCCUUACUUAACCAUAAGAACACACCCCGGAUUAGCACUCUUCAAGCUUUAAAAUAAAAAUUUAACUUCCAAAACGGAACUGAUAACGCCUUCACAAAAGUCCAAACAUCUCCACAACUUGUCUCCUACAUUUAAUCUCAAUGUCUUUAGACACUUUGGUCGACUACAAUGUAGAGAUCGAAGACAUCCGUCCUCAUCCCUUGAGUGGAUCGCAGAUGUCAUUCUUCGAGGACGAUGACAUUGUUCUGGGCGACACGGACACCUUGAAACUGAAUAUGGGAAUGGCGGCGAAAUGGAACUCAGCGGAAUAUCAGGCAGACGUCUAUGCUGGGAAUCGGAUCGCUUAUUACAAGCUGAAUGAGGAGAUUGGGGACGGGAAGUUCAGCAGGGUCAAGGUUGGAGAGCACUCCAUUACUGAAGGUGAGGAAAUUUUCAAAACUUUGCGAAGGAAACAUGAUUUUUGCGCACUGUGCAGUUUUUUUUUGAAUUAUGUUUUGCACUGUGCAACUCAAAAUUUUUACUAGACACCAAAAAAAUAAAAAAUCCCGAUGAUUUUUUUAAUUGCUUAUCCAUAACAUUCAGACAAAGUCGCCGUAAAAAUCGUGGAGAAAGCCAGAAUAGAACAACGCCGUCAUCAUGUUUUCAAACGAGAAAUCCGAAUGCUCGACUCAUGCCAUCAUCCCAAUAUCUGCCGUCUUUUGGAGGUAAAUUUCCGGUCUUAACUUUAAGGACAUUUCUUUUUUGAUCUUCUUAUCCGUUCCGCCAAAUCCGUUAAUGAAAUAACUAAAAUAAUGUCAUUCUGGGAUAGUAGGAUUUUCCGGAACCAAAUUUUUUGCUAAAUUUGUUAUUUUCAGUACAUUGACACGUACAAUCAACUCUAUAUUAUCAUGGAGUUGGCUCGCGGACAAAACUUGCAGCGAUUUGUGAAUCAUUCAGGACCCCUGAAAGAGCUGUUAGUAAGGAAACUUUUUAUUCAAGUGGUCUCGGCAGUGCAUCAUUUGGUAAGUUCCGGGAGUCGUCUAGGUCGAUUUUCUUUUUGUUUUGCAUACUUACUCUCUAUAGGUUGCAGAUCAAUUCCUGAAAAUUUCAUUUCUUCCAUUGCAAGCGCUAUCGAAGAAUGAAAAAUUCGAUUUUUUUCAAAAAUUCCUGAUUUCAGCACUCCAAAAACAUCGCCCAUCGUGACAUCAAGGCCGACAACAUCGUGAUCGACCCUCAGACCGAGAGAAUCAAGCUCGUUGACUUUGGAUUUGCCUGUUUUUCGGACGACGACACCUUUUCCACCACCUUCUGCGGCUCCCCUCCUUAUGCAGCGCCCGAGCUUUUCUCCAGCCGAAAAUAUCGCGCAAAACCCGUCGAUAUUUGGGCUUUGGGAUGUCUGUUCUACUUUAUGUACUGUGGUACGAUGCCGUUUGCCGGAAGGUCGAUGUUUGAGCUGAAGGCGGCGAUACGGUAUGGAAAGUAUGUGGUGCCGAGAAAUGCUACCGUUUAUGUGAAGAGACUGCUAAAGGGAACUCUGAAUUUGAAUCCGAUGGACAGAUUUACGAUUCAGAGGGUUAUGGUACGUCUUCGAAUCACUUUUGGGAAAUUUUAUUGAUUUUUGAGAAAAUUCUUUUUUUUUUUUGGUAAAGCUAAAAACGUUGAAAAUAUCAAUGUUUCAAACCCAAAUUUUGAGAUUAUAUGUCAUAAAAAGGCCAUAAACAGUCCUCUAGUAGCUUGUAGCACCUUAUAAUGGAACUUUUGGUCCCACCACGAAUUCCCUGAGAAUCAGGGAUAGCUCCAUAAAGUUGCCUAAUCUUGAUUUCUGUGAUCUCCGCCAUAGUCAUGGAUAUUUUGAUACAGUAGGUCCAAGAAUUACCUUGUUUUCCAAGCUUAAUCUGCAGGCUUAAAGCCGGACCUUGUUAUCAUACAGAAGACCUCCCACAGACUAAUCCUAUCAUUAUACUUGUUGACAAUCUUUUGCGAAUUUUUGACAGUUUCGAAAUGCAUGAAGGAUUCGGAAUCUCAUCCCUUAUAAAAAUUCCCAAUAAGCUUUGGAUAAAGGAAGGCUUAGGAUCAAUAAAUUGGUAAUCCGCUGCAAAAAUAGCCUUAGGCGGACUUGAAACUUGAAUAGAAAAACGGAGCAGGCGUUGACUAAUAAUCUUCCAAGAGAUUUUCAAUUCAAUUGAAGUUGGGAGAUUGAAAAAACAGCUUAGAAUCAAAAAAAUGUAGUCUAAAUCAUGGAGAUUUUGAAUAAACUUUCGUAUUUCGGCAAUAGCAUUAGGUACUGUCAAAAAAUUGAAAAUAUAGGCUCCCCACAGAAUUCCCCAAACAAUACACGACUUUUUUUAGAACUGCAGUUGGCUCUCGCACGCGAAUUAUCCUUCGGAUUCCCUAGAAUUAUCCGGAGAUCGUCAGCAUCCAGAUAUGGCCGUUCAGAAGAUGGUCUACCGCACAUUCAAUCACUUGCAAUCUCAAUACAACGUCAGUUUGCUGGAUUUGCAGGCUGCAUUAAGCAGAGGAGUCAGAGAUCCCUUGACCGGACUUUAUCGCCUGACUUUCAUGGGGCUGAUGACUAAAGAUGAUGAUGUUGUGAGGGAAAAUAGUGUAAGUCUCAGGUCAUUUCUAGCUCAAAAAUUAAAUUACAGUGUUCCAUUGAAACUUUAUAGGCCAUAUUUUACAAUUUCAGUUCAUUUUUGGGGAUAAAAUUAUAUUAUCCAUCAAAAAAAAAAAUAAAAAAAUAUUGUUUUUUUCACAGCUUUUACCCAUCUUUUUCGGAAACAGUCCCUGCAGAGCCUUCAAAUAUCCGUAAAAAAUUGUUUCAACUUUUCUAAACUACCCAUUUUCAGAUCGAGUACAAAAAAUCGGUACACGAUGCAGUGACCAAGAUGCGAAAUGACGGAAAGAAACGGCCCAAGAAGGCAUCCAAAGUCUGCACAAUCUUAUAA